ACUUCCUCUCUUCUCAAAACCACAUUGGCAUCUUGUCCUUGUCUUGGAACAUCCCAGAGCUGGUCAACAUGGGGCAGUGGAAGAUAAAAGCCCACUAUGAAGAUUCGCCACAGCAGGUCUUCUCGGCUGAGUUUGAGGUGAAGGAAUAUGUGCUGCCUAGUUUUGAGGUCCAAGUGGAGCCUGCAGAGAAAUUCUACUACAUUGAUGACCCUAAGGGUCUGGAGGUCACCAUUACAGCCAGGUUCUUGUAUGGGAAGAAUGUGGAUGGAACAGCCUUCGUCAUCUUUGGGGUCCAGGAUGGUGGCCAGAGGAAUUCACUGUCCCAGUCACUCACUCGUGUUGUGAUCAAGGAUGGCACUGGAGAGGCUGUGCUGAGCCGAGAGGUCCUGUUGAGUGCAGCUCCGCAGCCCCCGGGAGAAGCUGCCCUAGUGGGAAAGUCAUUGUAUGUGUCUGUCACCGUCAUCCUACACUCAGGUGAGGCCUGGGUGGAAGGUGGAGGCUCAGUUCCACCAUGCAGUCCAGUCUGAGAGGGGAGGUCCAACUGAGGCCAGAAUGAAG